ACUGCUUGCCAGUGUCCCACCGCACGCCGAACCGUUUGCACUCAGAAGCGAUCAGGGAGCCCUUCUCUGCCUCCCUGCCGGCCACCCCGCUCUCGUCUCUCUCUCUCUCGUCGGCACCCCACUUCGGCCUCGUCACCCACGGCCGUAUCGUCCCUCGGCUCCCUCACCAUCGUUCCGACCCCGUCCUUUUUUCUCACCUAUACAGAUAUACUAACACAUACACGUGUCCCUCUCUUUCCCUCUUGAAAUUUUCUCCCUCUUCGUCCCUGGCGCGCGGCGUUUCUUCACGUCCCACUCUGUCCCGUCGAGGCCUCUCCUCGCCCUUCUCUGCUAGUCGAGUUACACUCGACGAACGCACCGGCUAUCCGUCACCCAUCUCCGUCGGUUGGUUCUCCAUCUCGUUCCCUCUCUCGGGUCUCCCUCAUUCACACUCUGCCUCCUUCCUAACAAUCGUCCGUCCUUUUUUCUCUCACGUGUUUAGUCUAGCCCCCCUUUGCGCCGUUCUACGAUCCCUCCUACGUUCCGCUCGCGACACGGCUGUCCUCGUCUCGUCGCGACAAUCCUUCUUCUCCGUCUUCGAUUUCUCUCUCUCUCUCUCUCUCUCUCUCUCUCUCUCUCUCUCGUUAUCUCCCUCUUUCAUUCGUUGGUUCUCCCUCUCGCUCAGAAGGAACGCCGGUGUGUACUCCCGCUGUCACCUGAUCGCGAAACGCUUUUCGCGGGUGAGAUACCGCUCGGCCACCGAGUCAACCCAGUCUACUGGCGUUCUUGCUCCGAUUCUUCCUUCUCGCUCUUUUCUCUCUUUUUCUAUCUCUCUCACACUUUGUUUGUCUUCGUCCUUGUUCCGUUUCUCUCGCUUACUCUCUGCCUUCCACUUCUCUUCCCUUCCCUCCCCACCCCCGCCACUACCUUCCACUCUUUGCUCUUCUACCACCGCUCUUCCUCCUGCUGGUCGUAGUGGUCUUCCUAUACUCGCCUCGUUGCCGCGCGACGUCAACAUCAUCGGGCUGGUGGUUACCCAGAGGAAGAGAAGAGAGGCGAGAAAAAAGGAAAGCGAGCACAGAAGCGGCCGCCACCGUCCGACAGCGCUCAUCCGCGCGACCGUGUUGCGGACGAUCUCUCGCCUCUUCCUCCUUUCACGGAUCUUCGCCGGCACAUCGCUCGGAGAGAGAGAGAGAAAGAGGGAGUGAGAGGGAUGUGACACUUUCAGGCAGACACGCGGCACUGAUCUCCGCGCAUUUUCGGUGGAUACACGCGAGAACACGGAAGAGCCGCGCUCCGUUGCAGAUUGGUGCCAAGAUUUCCUUCUUUUUCUAUACCUUUUUUGUCAACCUCCUUGUCAACUUGGACCUUUUGUUCCGAAAGCGUCUCGUGAGUUGAGUGGGCUUGCUCCGAUCUUGAUAGUGCAUUAAAAAACGGUCAAUGCCUAUUAUCUUGGUGUGACAGUGCUGAAGACGACGAUUUUCAAGCGCAGCAUCGUCGUCGUCAUCCACGAAGAAAAACGCCGUGGCGUUUCUCGGACGAAACGGUGUUAAACGUUGCGAUCUCGGACAAACGUGAGCGAUCGCGGAUGAUUGUGCGACUUUGGUGUGACUUGUAGUGCGCUCUCAGUGUCGAUGUGCCGGGUGCGGGAUAACAACAAAGAACAGAACACUCGGGACACGUAAAUAAACAAACGCGAAUAUGGCCAGCACGACGAUGAUGGGUCUGCGUCGCAGAGCACCGGUGAACAGCUCGCCGACUCCCUCGAGUCAGUCGCCAACCGCGACGAGUGCGUCGUCGAACAAGCGCUCGAGAAACGAGAACAACAACAGCCCAUCCCACGGUAAUCUGAACUCGAUGAACGGCGGCACUCGGGACGAGCCGCCAGCGAAGAAGUCCCGCGGGACUUCGACGAGCGGAGCGAAAGGUGGUAGUAGUUCGUCUUGUACUUCGUCUAAUUCGGCGUCCUCGACAACCACGAGUACCGCGACCGACAACCAGAAUUCAAGGAGUCGCGGAACUUCCGUCUCGAGAUCUAGCACUCAGACCAAGUCGUCGUCCACUUCGACGGCUGCCACCUCGGCUGCCUCUUCCUCGACGAGCGAUAUACCGACCAUCCUCUCGACCAGCUGGACGACUACGUCAAGCAUGUCGGACGUGCCGGCGUACGCUUCCGUGACCGGGCUCGGUUUGACAAGCGGACAAACGGCCGGCCUGUGCGCCGGAAGCCUCGGCAUGCCUCCUACACCGAUACCACCGUACAUGUCGACCUCCAUGGCGACCUUCGUCGGUAACGCGACGAACCUCGGCAAGAGCUCGUCCGUCUCGUACCUCGACAUUUCCAACAUGACCGGCGGUUCCUUGGCCGCUUCCGGCGUCGCGAACUCGUUAAACAGCGGAUACACGGCGAACGGUUCCGCUACCGUAGACACGAAGAGCGGAAUAUCCUUGUCGUUCUCGCCGAAUGUCAACGGCGGUUCGUACGGCGUGCAAAAGAACGGAGCCGAGGUGGCCGCCGCGGCUUCCCCGAGGAAAUUCCAAAACGACACCAUGUUCAACGCUUAUCAGCCGUGGGUGAUUAGGACGUACGGCGAUCAGGCCAAGACCAAGACGAUCACCAUCAAGAAAUACGCCCGUAUUCUGAGAACGUUGCGGGGCGAGGAAGUGAACAGCGCCGAGAACAGCAAGUUCCGCUUCUGGGUCAAGAGCAAGGGUUUCCAUAUCAGCCAGCCGGAAGGCUACGACGCAAAACCGGCCGACAGGAUUAUCGGACGUCACGCUGUCACGAACCCGGGAUUGGAUCCGCCGCUCUACGUGCCCACGCAGCUGCCGCACAACAAGGCGUUAAAUGGUGCCGAAGGUACAGUCCCACUUGGAAAAGUAUACAAGAAAGUCGCGAUUGUAGAGAAUUUCUUCGACAUUAUCCACGCCGUUCACGUCGAUCUCGAAGGACGUCCUGGGAAGCAUGCAGGUCAGAAACGCACCUACAGAACGAUUACCGAAACGUAUGCAUUCUUACCCCGAGAAGCGGUAACGCGAUUUCUGCUAGGCUGCACGGAAUGCCAACGUCGUCCGCGAACACCCAGUCCCACGAGUAUAGCCAAUAGUCAGUCGCAAUCCACGGCUACGACGUUGGCGUCGACGCCAACCCCGUUGAGCCCGAGUCGAGGUGCUAGCAACGCCGCUCUCGCGACCUCAUCAUUAUCGUCCUCGACGGUGCAGAGUAAUUCCAGGCUGCGCGAUAGCAGUCACCAUGCGCCGUCAGAGGCAAAGAAUUUGCACAAUUAUAGGCACCAGAAGCAACACAAGAGCGGCGGCGGCGGCGGCGUUGCUGCGACAGAUAAACUCGAAAAGGACAAGGAGGAAAAGUACAAUCCGUUGAGCAUUACGAACCUACUGAAGAAAGAACCGACGAACAGCGGUCUUCUUGCCAACUCCGACGCCCUGCCGGAAUCGAGAAGGACGCCGGAAUCGGACCGAGCGAGUUCGAGGAGCUCGGCAUCCUCGAAAAGGAAGCGAAUGCUGCCGGAGGGACGUACGCCCUCGCCUCAACCCAGUCAGCCGUUGGCGAGACCCUGGAGCCCCGGGCUGGAUCCCAAGAACACGCCCAUCGACUAUAGCCUCCCUAUCACGACUUCGUACUUAAAGCAUCAGCAGAGGCUAGAGAAGAGCAAGGCCGCCGCUAAUGCAGGAAGGGAGACAUUUGAGAUAUCGGAGCCCAAGACCGUUGUGACGCCGCUUGUCGAGGAAACGGAGAGCGCCGAGAAGGAGAGAUUCUCGCCGGCUACCGGUCUGAUCGACACAAACCUCAAUCUACUAGCGACUAUUCAGCACCUGCAUUGCCAAGUGAUGCUAGCGCUCACCGAGCGACUGCGACCAUCGAUCGCGAGUCCUUUAGUUCUGCCGUCGACGUCGCCAAAUGUUCUCGGGAGCUCGAUGAUGAUGGGCACGGAAGUGUCAGUUCAAACGGGAGAGAAUCAUUUGUAAACUGAUGGAAGACAGGAUCGUUGACAGGUGUGAAUUGAUUUAGCGGCUUUCCUGAGAGGUGCGUGAAUGCGUACCGAAUUAUGAUUCGCGAUUGAGAUGAAAAAAUAUAUGAUAUCUUUGCAACCAGGAUUAUUUCACAUCGAUAAUAGCGACUGCUUGAACGCAAUCUCGUCAGUCAUAAAUAAAUCGUUCAUUUCAGAUUAAUGUUCCUCGAUCAAAUCAACUUGUUUAUUUCAGAUCGAACAAUGAACUUCUGGAUUUCCUGCAAAGGUAUUAAUAUUUCUUUUAUUUCUUUUUUUCCGAUGUAAUCGAACGGUUAUAAGAUUUCUUGUACGCAAUGUCGAUUAUGGUGACUCUCUCCCUCUCUCUCUCUCUCUCUUCAUUUUUAAUUCGUCCUUAAUAACGUAUGUCGACUGACGCGUUGUUUGCGAACGCGAUUCUCCCUCGUCUCGUCUUCCGUCAGCGAAACGAUAGAUGGACGCAAUUACAUAUUGAACCGGACGGGAUCGAUUAUUGUUGUCGCGCUCGUGUCACACAUUUCAUCCGAUCGUGCCGGUUGCUGCUGCUUGCUUGCUUGCUUGCUUGCUUGCUUGCUUGCUUGCGUCCGACGCCAGUCCGAUAUAGAACGACGGGCCAAGCGAGCGGGAUAAUUCCCGAGUCUGUCGAAAUACGGGUCGAUGUGUCAGGGAUUCGCGCGCCGCCUCCUCUAUGUCCGAUAUUUAGGGAUCCGUUAUGCGGAGAGCAGCCGGAUCUCGCGAUAUUUGGUCGCUGCCGACUCCGAUCGAUCCAUCCAGGCGGGGCAAAAGCGGCAGUCCGCGCGGCGACACCGCGAAGGUCUUGAAUAUUCAACGAACCAACGAGAUAGAAGAGAGAGAGAGGGGGGGGGAGAGGGCAAAAAGAGUGAGAAAGAGAUCCAAUUUCUCGUUUUCGGGUGUCAUCCGAUGAAUUCGACAUCCGGCGUCGUUGUCGACCUGACGAAUUGUCUUUCAUAUUUCGCGGAUUCGAUCGCGCGCGACGAUUCGCUCCGACUAAUUAUAACGUGCCCCAGAAUGGGCGAAUAAUACUCUCCGGCUGAAUAAUGAAUUCUUUUUUUGAAUUUAGCACACAUACUUUUUCCGACGAUAAUAAUUUUUGAGUUCUGAAGCGUAAAAAUAAAUUUUACGAAUAAGCUUUCGGACAGCAAAUAAAUAACAAAAUGUCAUUCGUCAUUAUUGUCGCGCGCGAGUGGUUUUUAUUUGAAUAGAAUUUUUAAAUUUGUUCGUAUAGCUAGAUAUUGAUAUUCGGAAGACUAACUCGAAACAAUAAAGACAUGUGUCUCAUUUUUUUUUUAUUCGAGUGAGUAAGUCUGAAUUAAUGUCGAUUCGCGGAUCGGAUAACAUCUCAUUGACACGAAAAGCGCUGGCUGCAUCUAGCCAGCGUCUCGACCUAUUUUGUAAUUGUAAUGUUAUCAUCUGUAAUUACACACAACAAAGAUAGAUCAAGUCGAGCCCGAGAGGGGUUGACUAUAGUUUCGUUUUGCCGAAUCGGUCGAUUCGGAAUUAUCAAGCCGUCAGCUUCCUUUUACAUUGUAUUAAUUAUCGUAUUAUUGACACGAUCGAUUCGGUGAUAUUUGAUGAUACCACGGCGCGACCACGUAAUUGAAUACAUUAUUUCAGACGGAAAACUGAAUUUAGAAUUAGGGAUAAAUAUUUCGAUGCCAUUAUAUUUAUUAGUAUUAUAUAAUCUUCUUUUUUAAUUAAAAAAUUUUUUUAAAAUUUUGAUCAACAUUAAAAAACUUCAAACUGGAUCCCGUUGGGUCCUCAGUCUUUAUAUUUCGGGAUUUCUUUUGUUCCUCUCAAACGUAUAUUAAUUUUCUGCACGUAUAUUAACUUUCUGCGCGUAUAUUAACUUUUUAGGUUAACUUAAAUUAAGAUUAAGAUUUAUUUAGAAUUUAAAUAAUGGAGAAA